AAAUGGGAGGAUGAGUUAUGAUAUGCGACGUCUCUCGCAACAUGAUAGUUCUACAAGAGAAAGAGAACAAAGCCCUAUUAGAUCUUGGCGCCAACAACACCUUUCACCUCGAAAAAGACGCAGGCAACGCCUUUACCUGGUGAUCCCCAGAAGGGAAGAACAUCUUGCCGAUCUCGAGAAUGCUUACUCGGACUACGAUGGAAAUUUCCAGGAGCAUCGUCGGUUGCGUGAUAUGAGUGCUUUCUCGGAUCGAGUGGCUCUGGCCUCUUCUUGUCAGCGAACACGCGGCCGUCCAUUGCCGUCGACCCAGAUUUUGAUGUCAAUGGCGAACGAAACGAAGACAAAUGGAAACAUAUCCGGCUCUUCUUCAACGACCGGCCCAUCGUCGUUGCUCAAAAAGUUCUAUGAAUCGGUCGGAAAGAAAGAGGAUAUUCCGGUCGUCAAUAAAAACAAAAAUACGAUACCUAACGAUUCCGAACAAGAGACACCAACGAUUGACGAGAUCAACGACCCUUCUUUUUCUACAAUUAAAAUUGGCCAUCACAGGCGAUACCUACAGCUUACAAAGAAUACACAAGAACAAAAACAAUCCUCUCAGCCGCGCCAUCUACAAAAAAGGGAACUUAAAAAACUGCAGAGUAUGAUUGUGAAAGAGCAGGCGUCGUAUCGAUUGGCUUUGGAUAAGUUUCACUAUCGAUACAAGUCACGAUACCUUGUAGGGUUUGAGUCGCGUUUUUCCAACGGGAGAUCCAUUGUCAACGCGAAUGCCAACCGCAACGUCGAUGGUUUCAGCCGAUGGGCCUGUUCACACGCGGAAUCGAUCAAUCGUGAAUGGAAAAAGGCACUCGCAGCAUCCUCCAAUAAUACCACUCCUAGCUCUUCUGACCAAAUGAGCAACGAAUGCUACAGUCACGCGUUACCAAGGUGCUACGGCAAGGUCCGGCAAACCUUAGCUUUGCAUCCCAGAGCACAUCGAUCGUCCUUGGAUGUCCAGGAUUUGACAUGUUCUGUGGUGUACGAGUCAAAGCCACUGCUACGACCAACGUCAUCGUCGAUGACAAGAACAACUGAGAUCCCAGAAUUCUCACCAAACGAGACAGAUCACAAUACCUGCCAAGCUAUUCCUCCGCCUACAAUCGAGUCAGCCCCAGCUGUGCAAUUGCUUCGAAACGAUCCAAAGGCCCUCGAAUUGGCAGCUCAGUAUUCGGCCAACAUCAUUACGACCUCAGAGACAUUGGAGACGCUGUUGAGACGUCCAGGGGAUUAUUCUUGCAAUUGGAUGCUUCCUUGUACCUCUGUGACAGUACCGGAUCCGAAAUCCAAAUCGAAGCCAUCGGUGUCCUCGUCAAUUCAGAUCACGAUUCUAGAUUUUCCUAUCGCUCAUGGUUUCUCUUCGCCUCGAGCGUGUCUCGAACGGGGUUUGCAAGAAGGUCUCUACCAACUGUUUCAGCAGACCCAGCAAAGAGCAAACAGAACAACGACUUCCGAGACUAUCAUAGAAAAUAGCAAAGAACAAGAAGACGGAUCAUCCGUCGGCGAACGUUUGAGUUCACUUCCAGCGAUUCAGUAUGUAUACAGUCUUUGGACUUUACCAGGGAAUAAAAUUGGCGGUAACAUUUCCAAAAAGCCAAUAAAGGUGAUUGUUCGCACUUUGGUGAGACUCAAGGAUUCGGCAUCCAAACUUCCUGUUCGUAUGCGGGCUCGUGUAGAAUAUUUUGCAUCUCCCGUGAAUUUGAACUACGACGAAAUCCGAGAGGCCGUAACUAGUCGCGCUCAUCGAGAAAUUCCGAACAGCUAUGAGAAAAGCCUGUGGAUUCUGGAUCAAGUGUUGUUUGGACACCAGGCCUUUUGUCUUCAAUAUAGAAUCGAUCCUGUAACGUGUAAGAUUCUCGGAUGGGAUACUACCAGCAUAGCGCAUGCCUUUGCAGAAUCUUCAGCCAAUGGUGGUUCAAAUAGAAGUCUUAAUCCUCAAUGCGAUGGGAUUGGUCCUUUAGAUCAUUGGAAAGGCUUGAUUCAACUUUUGCAAUCGAUACCAGCAAUUGAUGUUCCCGAAACCCUUUUGUGCCUGCCUGGACUUGUCGGGGAAAGGGGACGAUCUGAGAUCAGUACCAAUGGAAAGACCCUUUUGGGCCAGGGAAGCCAUAUCAGCUCUAACGAACAAAAAGAUGGUCUCCAGACUCAACAGCAGCAGGAGCAAGAUGUCCGCUUGGACCCUUUUUCUGUUUCGGUGCACGCUGCAUGCAAAGAUAUUUUGGCUCGAACUACGUCAGAAGCGCGACAUGGAUCCAACUCACUUUUGCUUAAAGCGUCGUCAUCAUCUAAUGCAACAAUCUUCUUGGACGAAACCAUUCUUGGUCGAGCGGGUACAGUAAGGCUUGGGCAAAAUGCGUUAGUGGAAUGCCGUCGCGAUUGGGAGUGGGACAGACCUGGUCAGGUGCCGAAUACUUUUCCUGUGAUAGAAUCAAUCUCGCCCAUGCCCAAAAGUAACUAAGGCUCCCUGUCCAAGGGAGAGUUGCAGUGUUUGAAUUUAGAUCGACAAAGUUUGUGACACAAGAUAUUGUUCUGGAUAAUUCUAGCCCUGAGAAUGAUGUGAGACCCACUCAUCAUAUCCAAAUGAACAUGCUGUGCACCGUCGAUGAGAAGUACAGUACGGUACCGUGCCGUGCGUACUCCUCACAUAUGACCCAAGUUUUCCUUCAUAGUAUGAUAUUGGGACAUUCACAUACAUAAAAUCUAUGACGACAUACUCAAUACAUUUGGGUAUACAGGAUUUAGUAUGUACCUACAUAAAAUCAUAGAUAUUGA